AUGGCCUCGAGCUUGAUAAAUGCAGUUCUUUUUGUGACAUUCAUUGCUAUGGUCACAGCAAGUGAUCCUGAUAUCAUCACAGACUUUGUGAGCCCGGCAAAUCUAACAAAGAUUGAUGGGGAUUUCUUCACCUUUACCUCCCUUAGAGGCUUCUUCGAUAGCGACUAUCCACCAAACUUCAAGGUGACAAAAGCUGGCAUGGCAGAGUUCCCAGCUCUUAAUGGCCAGAGUGUUUCCUUCGCUGUCCUCGAGUACCCGGUCGGCACAAUCAACCCACCUCACAUCCAUCCGCGUUCUGCCGAGCUCCUUUUCGUUGUCGACGGAAGCCUUGAGGUGGGCUUCGUCGACACCACCAAUAAACUUUUUACUCAGACUCUUCAACUCGGUGACAUGUUUGUGUUCCCCAAGGGACUCGUGCACUAUCAGUCUAAUGCCGAUUCCAAGAACCCUGCCACAGCUAUCUCUGCCUUCGGCAGUGCAAAUGCUGGCACUGUAUCUGUGCCCACAACUGUGUUUGCUACUGGCAUUGAUGAUAAUAUCCUGGCCAAGGCUUUUAAAACUGAUGUUGCGACUAUCCAGAAGCUCAGAGCAGGUCUUGCAGUGAAGGCCUAACAUGAUCCUGGUUUUGCUAUUCUCGGCAUAUGUAGUUUUAAUCACUUGUUCUACCUGAUUGUCUUUUACCCUUUUCAUUUGAGUUUCAGCAAAGAAAGAAUGAAUCUUGUUUAAUAAAACAAAUUAUAUGGUGAUUUUAUUUCAAAGAA